AUGGAGAGCACCGACUCAUCGACCGGUUCACAGCAACAACCGCACUUGCCACCUGGAUUUCGGUUCCACCCCACCGACGAGGAGCUUGUGGUUCACUACCUCAAGAAAAAAACAGCUUCGGCUCCUCUUCCUGUGGCCAUAAUAGCUGAGGUUGAUCUCUACAAGUUCGAUCCUUGGGAGCUACCCGCUAAGGCCACGUUUGGGGAGCAGGAGUGGUACUUCUUUAGUCCGAGGGACAGGAAGUAUCCGAACGGCGCGAGGCCAAACAGGGCGGCCACAUCUGGGUAUUGGAAAGCCACUGGGACCGAUAAGCCUGUGUUGACCUCUGGGGGAACCCAGAAGGUUGGGGUGAAGAAGGCUUUGGUUUUCUACGGAGGGAAACCCCCAAGAGGGAUCAAAACUAAUUGGAUCAUGCAUGAGUAUAGGCUUGCUGAUAACAAGCCUAACAAUAGGCCUCCUGGCUGUGACUUGGGCAACAAGAAAAACUCUCUAAGGCUUGAUGAUUGGGUGCUGUGCCGAAUCUACAAGAAGAGCAACACGCAUAGGUCUCCCAUGGAGCAUGACAGGGAAGAUUCAAUGGAAGACAUGAUUGGAGGGAUUCCUCCUUCCAUCAACGUGGGCCACAUGAGUGGGAGGUAUCAUCUUUCAAAGAUGUCCACAGGCUACAGCAGUGCAUUGUUGGAAAAUGACCAGAACUUGUUGGAAGGGAUGAUGAUAGGUAACGGAUCAGUGAUGAAUACAAGUACUACUACUACUACUACACCUGGUGCCAUGUCAUCAUCUCAGUUGGGAGCCUCAAACUCCAAGGCAGAGCUUUCUUUUGUGCCAACCAUGACUCACUCUUCCAACACUUCUAAAAGAACACUGUCGUCGCUGUAUUGGAAUGAUGAGGAUGUGGCUGGCACCUCAUCAUCCAACAAGAGGUUCAAUUUGGAAAUUGGAGACAACAAUCAUGGGAGUGUUGUGAGAACUGAUCAAGAUAACGGCACUGCCACCUCUAUUGCCACUCUGCUUAACCAGCUCCCUCAAACCCCUUCAUUGCACCAACAAUCAAUGUUGGGAUCAAUAGGCGAUGGAAUACUUAGGACAACGUAUCAAAUACCAGGAAUGAAUUGGUAUGCUUAG